CCCCCUAGAUCUUCCGCCCCCACUUUGCUGGGGGCAGGAAGCUGGGUUGCUGGCCUAUGCCAUCUUCUUUCCUAGCUGCCACAGCCGUUGCUCCUGCCUCCUCUUCUGGGAUACCAGAGCCCCAAGAUCUUAACUCUGAUCUCAACCCACUAGCAUGAGUCCCCAGUGGCUGCAGCCCAGACUCCUCCAGUUUACCCCCCCAGUCCAGGACCCUAACUGUGGGCCCCUGUCCCUGCCCCUGCCCCUACCCCUCCUCGUGGGGAUCGUAGCAGCUGACGCACUGAUGACUCUGCUCAUCGUGGGUGCCGUGUUUGCCUGUGCGCGGCCCCGGGGGGCCCUCCCAAAAACCAGAGAAGAGCAGGGUCUACAUGAACAUGCCUGGGAGAGGCUGAGCCCCAUGGCACCCCCUACUUUGUGGACAGACACCCACAUCCCCUUCAGAGGAUCCUGGCAUCCUGUCCAACCAAAGAUAAACCGCCCCUUGUACCACCUACAUGGCAGAGUCCGCCUUCACUCUGGAAAUAAAAGAAUCAAUUCUUAUUUUCAAGACAUCGAGUCUUUCACUAGAAAUCCAGAUAUCACUCAGAGUUCAGUCUGGAAGUCAGGCAUCCCCAGAACCCAACUGUCUGCUUAA